AUGGGUCUACUCGUUGAGGGCAGUCCGUUAGACUGGCCAGAUGCGCUAGAGUGGCUCCAACAUGUACGCACACAGGGCAUUGACCAGUUCUUACACAUAUAUCACCGUGUCAAAGAUAUUGAAGGCGACGAGCUAAAAUGGGGCGAUGAGCUCGAGUAUGGCGUAUUUCAUAUGGACAAGGAGACAAAGCGUGUGCGAUUGGCUUUACGUGGCGCUGAGAUCUUGCAUCAGCUACAGAUCAAAGAAAAGAAAUCGGAGCAGCAUGGUCGUGAACCUGGGAGUCCUACAGCUGCUGUUGGGCCUUACGUAGAUGGUUGUAACUGGGUGCCCGAGUACGGUGCCUGGAUGAUUGAAGGAACACCAAGUGCACCCUACGGCGGCCUUACAAGUGACCUUCGAAAAGUAGAAGACAAUAUGCGCUUGCGACGUGCGCGAUUGCUAGCGUUGCUGAAAGAGGACGAGAUCGCACCGUCCGUCACAGCGUUUCCGAUGAUGGGCGUUGGUGACUUCACUAUGCCGUUUAGUCAACCUCACGGUCCUGUAGCUAUGUCGGACUAUGUCAGCGAUGCAGUCAUUAAUCCACACCCGCGUUUCGCUACGCUUACGAGAAAUAUUCGGCAGCGUCGUACGAGGAAGGUAGAUAUUCGUGUCCCAAUUUUUCAGGACGUGUAUACAGAGGCCAGACAAGUGGAGGAACAAGCGACGUGGAAUGCAGAAAGAUCAAGGCCAAAGUAUGAAACCAAAAAGGUGACGCCAGCUACGAGUCCACGCAGUUCAGCUCCUAUGUCACCGACUCCAAUGACGGAUUCGGAGGAGAAUGCUGAGUCGAAAACACCGACACUGUUGACGUCACCUUUGAAACGCGCGGCGAAUACUGACCACACAGUAGAGCCGUUUCCAGGCUUUAUUCACAUGGAUUGCAUGGCUUUUGGUAUGGGCAUGUGCUGCUUGCAAGUAACUUUUCAAGCCAAAAACGUGGGAGAGUCGAGGCACCUGUACGAUCAUUUAGGAGUACUCUCGCCUAUUUUGCUAGGUCUUACGGCUGCAACGCCCAUUUUAAAGGGUCGGCUAGCUGAUACAGAUGUACGCUGGGCCACAAUUUCUGCUGCGGUGGAUGAUCGAACACCUCAAGAGCUGGGCGAAGCCCUACCACCUGCAAGUCCAGAUAUUAUUGCGCAGUACGCCAAGAUGGCUGGUAAUGGCGUUAAACGUUUACCAAAAUCACGGUAUGAAGGCAUUUCAACCUUCAUUUGCAACCACAAACAAGGUGAAGACCCGCAUACGUCCACAGACAAGUACAACGAUGUUAGUGUUCCAUACGAUGAAGCAUCUUACGAGACUCUGAUCGAGGCGGGCGUGGAUCGGCUCUUAGCGCUUCAUAUCUCGCACCUUUUUAUCCGUGACCCACUUGUCAUUUACAAGCAGCGAUUGCAUUUAGACAAUGAGCAUGAAACGGACCAUUUUGAAAACAUUCAGUCGACAAACUGGCAGACUGUUCGUUGGAAACCGCCUCCGCCGGCUCGGUCAAAUGUUCCAGGCCCUCACAUAGGUUGGCGGACAGAAUUUCGCUCGAUGGAGAUUCAACUUACUGAUUUUGAAAACGCGGCCUUUACGGUAUUCAUCGCGCUUCUGUCCCGCGUAAUUCUCACGUUCGACUUGAAUUUGUACAUUCCGCUAUCCAAAGUGAAUGAUAACAUGGAGGCAGCUCAUCGUGUGAAUUCGGUGCUAGACGAAAAAUUUCACUUUCGUUGCCAUAUGGCUCCACCUGAGGUCGAUGAUUGUGGCUCUUCGGGUCCAUGCCAUCUGCAUGACGAUCCAGACCGCAACUACAUAGAGUGCGACGAAGCCACUAGAACACUUGUUGAAAAGUAUAUGAGCCUCAUUAAAAAACGCGCAACGGGCGAAUUACCGACAGCGGCCACUUGGAUGCGUCGUUUUGUACGCGCCCACCCAGACUAUCGCCACGAUUCUGUUGUACCCCAUUCGACAGCCUUUGACUUGCUGAAUGAGUGUCAGCAGAUUGGUGAAGGUCUGAAGCAGUGCCCAGAACUGCUGGGUGAGUUUAAAGUCGCCCCUGUACGAGGGCAUGCUGCUUACCAUGUGCCACUAAAAAGUAGUGGAGUUGCUACGGAAAAGCGCCAGGCAUUACUUCAACGAUAUUUGACACGUACUACAUCAAAUGCACACCCUUUCAUCUUUUUGUUCUUAGAUGAUUUGGAUUCGAUUAAAUUAGACGAAUGCUAUCAAUACAUGUAG